AUGAAUAGCACCAUGGUGAGGGAAUUCAUACUUUUGGGGUUUACGGACAACCAUGAGCUUGAAAUCUUCCUUUUCGUUGUUCUUUCUGGGACUUAUAUUUUGACCAUUGCGGGGAACAUGGUAAUAAUUGUGAUCACAUUGGUGGAUCACCGUCUCUACACCCCAAUGUAUUUUUUCCUCCGACAUUUUGCAGUCUUAGAGAUUGGGUUCACCACAUCCACCAUACCCAAGGCAUUGGCCAACAUGGCCAUGGGUCACAAGAGUAUCUCUGUAUCUGGUUGCUUUAUACAGUUCUUUGUGUACUUUGUCUUGGGGACAACAGAGUUCUUUCUGUUGGCAGUAAUGUCUGUUGACAGAUAUGUGGCCAUCUGUAACCCUCUUCGCUACUCAACUAUCAUGCACAGUCAAGUCUGCUCAUUGCUGGCUCUUUGCUCAUGGCUUGGAGGUUUUCUACUGAUUCUGGGUCCAGCAGUUGCAUUAUUUCAGAUGCCGUUUUGUGGCUCAAACACCAUCAACCAUUUUUUCUGUGACAAUGGACCACUGAUCAAACUGGCAUGUAUUGACACGAGUCUACUUGAACUUAUGGAUUUCCUCAUUGCCAUACUCUCUCUCAUUGGGACCUUGACAGUUACCAUCAUAUCCUAUGUCAACAUUGUUUCCACCAUCUUGAGCAUCCCAUCAUCCACUGGGAGGCGGAAGGCCUUCUCCACUUGUGCCUCUCACCUCACAGUGGUGUCCAUCAGUUAUGGGAGCUGCAUUUUCAUGUACAUCAAACCCCAAGGCACCAGUGAGUUCGGCUUCAGCAAGUUAGUGUCAAUUCUUAACCUAGUUGUGUCUCCUUUAUUGAAUCCAUUCAUAUAUUGCCUAAGGAACAAGCAGGUUCAAGAGGCCCUGAGAACUGUAUUUAGACAGGGUAUAUUUAGACCGUGUGUUGGGUUCUUCAAAAGUUCUAUAUGA